UUUUGUUGAUUAUUAUUGAUACGAUAAGAGCAUAUUCGCAAACAGUUUAUUAUUAACCCAUUCCCCCAUAAAAGAUUAUUAAGCGUGAAUACAAAUUGCAAAAGAAAAACAAAACACUGGAGCAAAACACGGUGCAGAAAUCCGCAACUGCAGGAAAAAUAUUCAUCGCGGAAUCUGUCAGGCAUCGGAGCAUUUUGGACUUGACAUCGGUCAACUUUUGUAUUGCCAAGAAUUGGCUAAAAAAGAAGCCUCAUUCCGCUGUUGGCAACAUUGCGCUUCCGGAAGACGGCGCAGAAAAGUUGAGAAGUGAAAGUGCGCCAUUGGUGAGAAACACCGCCCCCCGGAAAAAAAUCAUCUUUUCUCGGCCAGAGCCACAGUGGCAUCUCGCCGACAGCCAUCCAAGAAACCGGGAGAUCCCAGAAUCGGGUAGGGCUAAGGACGACCGGGAACGCACAGCGGCUCAAAACGAGGAAAAAAGGCGUUUUUUAUUCUAGUCGCCAAGCCACCAAUCCAGCGCCACACAAUCCGGUCGCUCUCAGCCCGGAAAGCGUACGAAGCGCAAGGAACCGUGCCGGUACAUACGGAACAAAGAGCCGACAGUUUCGACCGGCGUGUUUGCCUAUCAGCCCCGUCCAAAUCCGAGGCCCAGAAACAGGCGAAGGAAGAAGAGCCAUUAAAAGGGGUCAGGUGUAUACUGUAAGUACUGACAAUGCGCAUUGAAAAGAGCUCAUGUCUGACUAGAUUUUGUGACCCCACAGGACCCCUUUUUUGUAACAGGGCAGAAGGUCCUUGCUGCGAUCCAUCCCGUGAAGAAACUUCAUUCCGGUGGCAACGAGAAAUCGAACUAGAAAGCAGCGAAACUCUACGUUUACGUUUGCUGGGGCUUUUUUCCCUUUUGUUCGCCAUUUCCAUAGCUCAGCAAUUAACGAGCGCAUCCGAACAUUAAGCCGGGUACCACUUCCGGGUCAGCAGGCACGUGGUUUGAGUGGACCUUGGCAGAAGGUCCUUGUAAACAUCCAUCCGAGUGAGGCCAAACACACAAGCGCAAUUUAUUCCGGAAGCAUCCAGGGCCGUCGAUCAGGAUUGCGUAUUACAUUUUCCGUUUACGUCGCUCAGCAGUGGGCGAGCGGUUCCGAACAUCUCUUCCGGUUCUGGCCAUUCAAGCAGGAACAGUUUGUUCCGGGAACAUCCGGAAAAUCCAGCCGGCAAGGAGCGAAUUCCUACAGUCACGUGGUUUGCAGCUAGGUGUCGUCGAGUGGCAUUGCACUAUUGUUUAUCGCCCGGAGCAGAAGCGUUUCUUGGCGGGCAUCAUAUCUUUCAUCGAAUCGCAGCUAAUUUACUGCUGGAGUUGCGAUCAAUUUUGCAUGCGAUUCGCAUUCAGGAACCAUCUUCGCUUGGAGAACCGGAUAGGCGCGACACUACCGUUUGUGAGUCUUUUCGGUAGUCGAACCGGAAACCCAAUCACCAGAAGCAGGAUUUUGAAUCCACUCGUGGAUUUAUCCAAGCAGUGGGAGGUGAGCUUCUCUUUCCACCGCCGUUCGAAGAUUGGUCAGCAGAUGACAAGCGUGAGGAGGUGUUUCCGGAAAUUCUGUGGCGCGAGUCAAGCGUCAGCCGGAAGAUACCGCGAUCCGCGGUGUGAGUGCAGCGUGUGGAAGAAAAGUGUACUGGUUUGCCUCGACGGACGGUCGUAUAGCAAAUCGCAGCGUCAGAGUGGUGCUGAUCAGCGGAAUAUCCGGUCCGCGCCCCUAAGGUUGGACAUUGGGUCGGACAAGGAAGGACAGGGAUCCCCUGGGUCCGCAGGAAUCAGUUUCGUCGUCGUCGAGCGCCACAGCCAAGACCAUCUGAGCAUGCAUCGGGUCGGAAGCGAACGUCGCUCGAGGAACCCCGAACAUGGGCUCAACAGCAUGCAGCAAUAAUUGAUGUAAGUCGCUUUUUCAUUAUCUUUAUGGGAAGGGAGAAAAUGGGUAAUUUUUUGAAAGUUCGCAACCCUGAAUAAAGUUGCACAAUAUAAUGUCUGUUUGCUAAGUUUAGUAUUUCAUUUAUUUGUGGCACCGACCACGAGAAGCCAACAUUACAAAUGGCGCCCAACUAAAAACGAACCGUAUUAUUUUGUUCGUUUAAUUUAAUAAAUAUCAUUAAAUGUUAUGAUGAUAUUGUGAUGAUUAUUAUUACAGUUGAAUUGUAAAAGCAACUGUUAGGUUUAUUUUGAUUUUUGCUCAAGUUUUUGUAUCGUAUCAAGCUGUUAUUUUAAUCUGUAAGUCCACUGAAAAUAUCUGGUUUUUGAUCCAAAUAAAUGAUGAUGAAUAAACAAAUUGAGUUGUAUCAUCUUAAUGAUGAGGAGAUGGAAUAUGAAUUGGCCUUGCGCCAUGUUACGAAUCUAGCCCCAUGCUCUAGAAGAGCUAGGGUGGUCAAGUUAAAAGCCCUUGUCCAAGAGGACACCCUUAGAGACACCAUUUAUGUUAAUUCAGAACACGUAAUGUCGCCGGAGUUGAACAUCGAGGUCUGCCAGAGGGCAGUUGUAGAAUUGAGGAAUCAUGUUGAUUUAGCCACGCAGAAUAGAAACGCCGAUCAAAUGGCUUGCGCGAAAUCGAGAUUGCUUCAUUACCGGCAAAGAUUAUCACUGAUUCCAGUGGUCGCGAGUUUAGAGGAAACGCGUAGGGUCGUGUGCGAGCUUGUAGAGACGCUGCUAGCUCAGAUAGAGUGCGUGAACAGUGCAGUCAAUAUGGUGUUAAGUGAAACAGAAAACACUAGCCUUUCAACUAGUGUCCCAACCAUCCAGGCAGAGAACAGUAGCAGUAGGGAUGCCUGCGAUGCGUUGACGAUUCCACCGAGGCCACAAGCAGUCGGAAAUGAUGAAGGAGCACGAGCACGAAUGCAAGAAGCGGAUGUCGAGCCGCCUUCUCUUUCAUUCCAAGGAGGCAGACAAGGACAGAGGGACUUGGAGGAAGUAAUCAUCCGGAGGUCGGGUAGUUCGGCUGGUCUGGCUGCUGUGAACGUUCUGGACGAACUGCGGUUCGACAUUCAACAACGACAAAGGAGGCAGCAGCAGUUGAACGACAGCUUUACAAACCGAAGUGGUAGCAACUACGACAGGCGGAUGCAGAAGGCGAUUCACAAUUGGCCUUUCAAGUUCCGAGGCGAAAAGGACACCACGUCCCUCAACAUUUUCUUGGACCGGGUGGAGACGUUUGCCAGAUCAGAGGGAAUCGACGAUCAGACACUUCUGGCUUCUAUCAAGCACCUGUUGCUUGAAGACGCCCUCGACUGGUACUCAAGAGCACUUGCCCAACGUCGCCUGUAUUCCUGGCAAGCAUUCAAGCAAGAAAUUCGACGGGAGUUUCUGCCAAGCGGGUAUGCUCAGAUCCUGAGGCUGGAAGCCAGCUUCCGUUUUCAAGGUGCCAACGAAACGUUCGAUAAGUUCUUCCGCGACAUCUCUACACUAUUCCGCUUCAUCGAUCCACCACUUACGGAAGAGGAGAAGUUGUUCAUAGUCAAGAAAAAUAUGAACAUGGAUUAUGCAACAAUAGCAACAGCCGCUCAGCCAAAGACACUGAUGGACCUGGUCAACGUCUGCAGCAACUUCGACGAAACAAGGCUCUUACUGAACCAGCAGCGCAGAAUUCCAAUUCCGCACAACCACUUACUAGAACCAAACUUCGCAACACCAGCAACAACAAGUCGACCUCAGCAACACCAGCAGCAGCGGUUCGGGAGAUUGCAAGCAGUAGAGGCGGACGAGCAGUUGUACGGAGCCACCUCAUACUCAGCACCAUCGCAUAGGCUUCCAAUACAACAGCCACGCCUCAACAGAGUUUAUACGGUGGAGAACGAGAGCCAGCAAGGUGCGGCUUCAACGUCAGCUAUCCAAACUGAAGCAGAUCUAGUGGAUUCAGAAGAAGCAAACGGUUUGCAAGGGGACUUAAACCAGCUGUACGAGCAAGUUUGUGCCAUGAAGCUUCAACUGGAGCGCAGAUCGAAUCGUUUCAAUACAGGACUACAGCAGCAGCACUCUGUACAACGACCGGAACAGCGUCAGCAACCGCCUACAACUUCGGCAGGUCAGAACAAUUUGGUGAAUCGGCAAGGCAGUCAAGCGGAGAACCAUCGAAUACAACAUCCGUUGCAACAGCAAGCUAAAUGGGCUCCGCGACAGCAGCCUCAACAGCAGCAGCUGCAACAACAGCAGCCUCAACGGCAAUUCCAACAGCACUAUCAACCACAGCUCCAGAACCAGCAGCUUCAGCAAGCAGGCAACAACAUGUACGAUCUAGAUCCUGUUCAGCAUACAGCGUACCGCCCAGCGCUUUGCUGGAACUGCGAUGAGGAGGGGCAUAGGUUUCCGGAUUGCACGAAGGCACAGGCAAUUCUCUUUUGCUACAGAUGCGGUCGAAAAGGUUACACGUUACGCAGCUGUCUUGUUUGUAACAGUGAAGCGGAAAACGCCGCAGCGAGGAGGUGGUAGAU